AUGGCUUCAAUCAAAAAUAUUUUCUUAUUUUCGACCGUCAUGUUUUUGCUGUGUAUUCUUUCUGAAGCAAGAGAGUUCGUAGUAGGCAGUGAAAAUAAUUUAUGGGCAGUUCCAUCUUUUGUUGAUGAGUUCAACAAAUGGGUUGAGAAAACUCGUUUUCAAAUUGGGGAUUCUUUAGUUCUGAAGUAUGAUUCCAAGACUGAUUCAGUGCUGGAAGUGACUGAGGAAGGUCCAUUUUUCUUCAUCAGUGAAGCUGAUGAACAUUGCAAGAAGGGUCAAAAGCUAAAGGUUAUGGUUCUGUUCGAUAAACAUUGCUCCGACCACCAAUAUACAGUGCAGGCACCUUCUCCUCAUCAUCAACAUCACCACUACCAUCCAUCAGCGCCAGCCUCGACUAACGGUUGUACUGGUCUGAAGGCGGCGGAGGGGUUUAUUUGUGGCACUGCGACGGUGGGAAGUUUGGUUUUGUUGUGUAGGCUAGUUCUAUUAUUCAUGUGUUGUACUAUUGAGCUACAUUUUAUUUUCAUUAUUCUUUGUCAUGUAUAUGCUUCAUGCUUUUAA